AUGAGCCCUAAUAAUCCUUGCAUCCUAUGUGGCACUUCUUGUGAAACUAUUGAUCACCUUUUUGGUGAUUGUUGUAUUGCUAAACAAGUUUGGUCCCAUCUCAGUUUAAGAAUAAACAUAUUUGUUCAUUUUCCCACUGGUUUUGCUUCUGGCCUUUGGCUCACUGAUAGCAAUUACUCUAAACAUACCACUUCUAUUAUUGCCACCACAGCCUGGUUCCUUUGGAAAUCCCUUUGUGAUGCAAUUUUCCGCAAUGCCAAUAUUAAUAUCCCUGCUGCUGUUUGCAGAGCUCUUGCUCAUGUACAGGAACAUACCAAUUGCAUUCAUGGUUUUCUUGGGCAAAAACUCAUUCUGAAUAAUUUUUUUGAAAGUGAUGAACUCUUCUUAUUCACACAUGCUGCUUUACUCAAGAUAUGGAUGCUAAUUCGAUGGACGAUCUUUUCGCCCUUGGUGUUGCUCUUCAAGUGGCUUUGGAUAAGCAUUUUCCUGUCAAACAUAUAUUCGUCAGCACAUCUUCAACCAUCAGCACUCUCUGCGAUUCUGAUUCUGUUAUCACUUGGAGAUUUUGCUCUCAACUAACUAGCAUCAGAUCUCUCCUGGAAGCUCUCAGAUCUCCAAAUAUUCACUGCAUUCCCGGUGCUUGGAUGUUCCCUGUUAUCUCCCUUGCAUCGUUUGGGUUUAAUUUCUUAGCCCUCAAUCUUUUCCUGUUUGGAAGAGAUCUCCCACACUGGAUCAUGAAAUGCUUCAUCAGUUCGGGUUUUAAGUUUUAACUGUUUAUGUUUUUGUUUGUUUCUUUGUUUGCUUUUCGUCUGUAUCUUUGUUUGCUGAUAGAUCUGGUUCAC